UAGAAGAUUCACUCAAGUGUUUUUACAUGAAUGUCGGAAUGGAGAAAAAGAAGACAACAAGGACAGUAAAACUUGGAAACCAUGCCCCAGACACAUGUCCGAUGAUUGUUGGUAAAGUAAAGAAAUCAAUUCCGAGAAUGAGAACUGUGAAGUCAAAGGAGAAGAUUAAAGUUUACACAUCUAAAAAUAGCUCCAUUACAGAAAAUGGUACUAACACAAAUGAGACAUCAGGGAAUAUAAUGAAGCUUUGUGUCAACUUAAUGCCUGUUUUGGCUUUAGCCAAGGAACCUCUGGAGGAAGAGGAGGAGAGGGAAGAAGAUACCAGCUGUUCGGCUGAAAAGGAACCAGAAAACAGCAAUAGAAAGAACCCAUCUGUCAUCAAAAUAGUGGAAAAAACACCCAAUACAAGUGAGUCUUUCACAGGGUUAACUUUAGAGAAAGCAGCUGAAACCAAACACUUAAGUCCUGUCUUCGUGCUGCCACCUUUAACUCAAGCUAAACCAGCUCCCGAGCUUUGUGACCAUCACAGGAUCAACAGGUGCCUCACCCUUCUACCUCCCAUCAGUUUAUCUGAACAAAGCACAACCUUCCCUCCAAACGUCACAACUAAAAGCUGCAGAGAAGAUGGACCAGUUACCGGACCAGUUACCAGACCAGUGACAGACAGCAGGCCCUGGAUGGACAACCUUCUGUUCUCUAAAAGUAAAUCAUCUGAGUUUCGACUUCCAGACAUCUCCUUGUCCAGUCUGGAUGUCCUGCUGCAGACAGUCACACAGAAACUAAGGGGGAAGAGGAGAGGUUGGGAUGAAGAACCAUGGAAUGUUCCGUCCAAUCAAAACCUCACUGCUGUUAGUGGAAGACUACUGAGAGAGAAGAGUGCAGCAACAGAGACAUCAGUGGGUGGACACAGUGUAAACAGACAGAUGACCCUUCCUCCACUUUUUCCUGCACAAAAACCCACUAUCAUCCUCUCUAUGACGAAGAACAGCCUACUGCCGUCCAACACUCUGCAGUGACUCGUCAGAAAAAGCAGA